AUGCAGCUCGUACUCGUCUUUUUCGUCCUCCUGUCCCACGUUACCAAGGUUACAGCGGUGGCCGGUUGCCACAGCGACAGAGACAAGGACCACCGGCCGAGAGAGAACUGCACGAGUGCCAGCUUCAGCGACGUCCCGGCGGGAUUUGAGCUCAACACCAAGGUUCUGUUAUUUCCCAGCAACCAGUUCUCCGGUUUGUCCUGGUCCUCCUUCCAGAUCUUUAGAGAGAUCUAUGAGAUCGACCUCACCGGCAACAAGGUUCCUGAGGUGACCUCCAUCGUGUCUCCGAUCCUGCCCAGCCUCAGCGUUCUCCGACUGGGUUCCAACCGUCUGAAAGCCCUCUCUGACGGCUCCUUCUCCGCCUGUCCAGGUCUGACUGAACUCUACCUGGAGAACAACGCCAUCCACUCUCUGAGCGAUCACACCUUCUCUGGACUCAGCAAGCUGGAGAUCCUGGACUUGUCAUCCAAUCAUAUCAAGGUGCUUCCUGAGCUCAUGCUCCACCCCCUUCCUGCCAUAGAGACCCUCUACCUGGAGUACAACAAGAUCAAGGUGAUGCCAGACGAUUGGUUCAGCCAGAAGAAGGAGGUGCCGUACCUCUACCUCUCAUCCAAUGACUGGGUCUGCACCUGUUCCCUUGGUUACUUGCGUGAAUACCUUGACGAGUACGAACUCAACGUCUACGUCCGGGAUGGCACGAUCAUCAGGAGCGACGCAGAGAGUGUGGUGUGUGACUCUCCACCGUCGCUUAAAGGUAAACCUGUAAUCACUCUGGAAGAAUCAGAUUUAUGUCCAUCUGGUCCAAUCGGAGACUUCGAGCCAAUGCCAAUUACCAGCACAUUUUACGAGAUAACUGCUGCUGCUGCUGUUCCUACUAUCCCAGCUACUAUCACUAGUUCUCCUCCUCCUACCACUUCUACUUAUCCGAUUCCAGCUACUGAAGUUGCCAGUACAAUCGGUUCCACAGCGUUCGAAAGAGAACUCUACACUGAGUACUACAGAGUAGUCACAUGGUCCUGGUACCAAACCUUCACCCAUCUCAUUGAAUGGUCAGAUCAUUCAGGGUUGCACAUUUCGGCUACUCAUCCUACUUUUCCUACAGUCAAACCCUCACCUGAAAGUCCUGCUAUCAUGACAACCGCCACACCAACCAAACCUGUUGAGACAACCAAAUCUGUUCCUUCAACCAAAGCUUUUGCAACACGGAAACACCGGGUAACCAGAACAACCACCACUACUAAGGCAACCACUGGGGCAACCGCUGGGGCAACCGCUGAGACAACCACUGGGGCAACCGCUGUGGCAACCGCUGAGGCAACCACUGGGGCAACCGCUGAGGCAACCACUGGGGCAACCGCUGUGGCAACCACUGGGGCAACCGCUGUGGCAACCGCUGGAGCAACCGCUGUGGCAACCGCUGGGGCAACCGCAGGGGCCACCGCUGAGGCAACCGCUGAGGCAACCGCUGGGGCAACCGCUGGGACAACCGCUGGGGCAACCGCUGAAGCAACCACUCAGGCAACCACUACGUCGAUCCCUUCACGUGGUAAAAUGAUUGCUGUCAGAGGUGCAGGCGUUUUCUGUUGUUGGCUUUUCGCAGGGUGCCUGCUGCUGUGCAUGGCAUCAGCAGCAUGUAUAUUGGCGACGCUGGCGAGGAUGGUCGUCUGGUACAGGAAGGUGUACAAGCCGCUGAGUUUGUUGCUGGCGAGGAGGGGAGGAAGUCAUGAGGGAGUGAAGCUGUUAACAUCCGGGGGGAGGGAAGAAAGGGAGGUGGCGGGAGGAGGCGUGAUGGCGCUGUAUCGCUCUGUUCUGUUCAUCCACAGAGAGGGAGACGCUAUGGAGAGGGAAGAUGGAGGAGAGGGACAUGAGGAAGGAGGAGAAGGAGGGAAAGAAAAACUCCUUGUCACUCUGGAGCCGACAGGAGGAGGAGCGACGAGAGAGGAAGAAGGAGAAAGAGGAAGGAGGGAGGAGAGAGGAGUGUACAGGAAGACAUUGUUCCGUCUGUUGAGCAAAGAGGAGGAGAUCGAGGGAUGGAAGGAGGUGAUGGAGGAGUGUCGGGUCUCUGCAGAAGAUGCAGAGAGGAGGGGAGGAGGGAGGGAUGAAGGCAUGGAUAGAGAGAGGAGUGGAGGAGGAGGAGUGUCCAAAAAGCGCUACAGUGUAAUUCUGAGGGAGGAGAGGGGGGAGGCAAGGGGAGGGAGAGAGGAGCUGGACUGGGUGGUAGGGGGGUGGGAGGUGAAAGGAGGAGCAGGGGAGGGUAGGGAGGAGCCCAGGAGCAGCUGGGGGGAGUGGCUGGCACACUACUUACCCAGCAUGCCCUGGGGAGUGACCACACCUCCUGAGGACGAGGCAGCUCAGUGA